AAGCAGACGAAGAACAUAAGAUUUGAUCUUAAUUCGGAAAUUUCCCUCCAAAAAAUAAAAAUAUAAAUUGUAAUGUGUAAAAAUCAAAAUUGUGAAUUUAUAUUAAUUUUGUUUAAAUUUUUAUAGAGGUUAUUCUUCUUUCGCAUACGUCAUCUGUGUACAAACAAAUGCAAUUUACAAAUAAAACAAUUAUAAAUAAAUAAAUCCUGUGGAAACAAAUGGCGGAAGAACCACAACCAUGUGUGACUUUUUUAAACCUGGAUUCAAUCAAAAUUCCACCAACGACAAUGUUGAACGAAAAUCGAUAUUUAUCAUUGGAGGAACAAUAUCCAACCAGAAGGAGAACCUAUGGAAAAGAAAUUAAACAAGAAAAAUUAUCAAAUAGCCUUGUGAUGCGAAGACCGCGUCGAAGCCGUACUGUUUUCACAAAUGAUCAAGUAGCCGAGCUUAAGUAUUAUUUCAUGCAAUGCAACUACGUCAAUACCGAAAGAGCAGAACAAUUAGCAGCAAAGCUGUCAAUGCCGCCAGGUCCAGUAAGAAUAUGGUUUAAGAAUCAGCGCCGUAAGAUCAAAAUUAGAGAAGCAGAAAAAGAAAUGUUUAACCAACAUGAAAAUAGUAUUCAACAAUUACCAACACAAUACCGAAGGCAUACGUUACAUUUGCCAACUCUGACUGCUCCACCACCACCGCCCCCCAACCCACUGCCAACGCCAUCGCCAUCAAUUUCGGAUAUUGACAUCAAAUUCUCUUACGAACCCAUCUACCUUAAUUCUUCAGCUUACAACGUAAAACAAGAGACACCAACUUAUGACAUUAGGCAUGACACAGGUUACAACGUAAAACAAGAAACUGCAUAUCAGUGGCUGCAACACCUGCCAGUUAUGACGCCUUCCCAAAUGGUCUACAACACAGCUAGUCCGCAUCACAUCCCUCAGCUACAUUCCUUCCACGAUUCCCUCAUCAAUUUCAAUCGCUUGCCUUACACUCUGCCUUCGCCAGCCUCGACGACAAGCGGAGAUGCCAAUUCUAUGACUGUUAAUUCUGACACAUCGGACUAUUUCUCGCAAAUGUCACCUGAAUCAGAGAUCGUCGAGCCACUAACACCGAACAGUGUGCAUGGCGAGGCCGAAUCGGUCUUCAACGGCAUUCUAGAUAGUUUGAAGAAUCCGAGAACCGAGCCUCCCAUCGAAACUGUCUACGAGGAAUUGACAAGUGCUCCGGACACGAAAAUCAAAUCUGAACCCUUCACUCAACCUCAACAUAGUUCGGACCAAUCACAGUGUUUACAAUUUAAUUAGAAACUUAACUAUUUAAAUUUUAUAAUAAGUGUUGUUAAUUUUUUUCAUGCCAAAUUUGUCAGAUGUCUAAGUUCGAUUAAAUUAGUUAAGUAGAUAUAAGGUUAGGUUUAAAAUAUUUCUCCAAUCCUUUUUUGGUAUGUGACUGUGUUUCAAAGUUUUCCAUGAUUCAUAUCAGGCCCGAUUGAAUCAUGCAAAUCUUUGAGACAUGCGGGCCAAGUUCACAGCCAAAGGCGGAUAAAUAUUUCCUAUAAUUAUUUAAAACACAUAUCUAACUUUUAAUGAGGAAACUAAGUUGUUUCAAAAACCACUCGCUGUCAAAAAGGAAUUUUAAAAUUCAGUUUACUGUUGUAAUGAUAAAAAAUGUUUCGCUUCCUUUUGAUUCAAAAAAAGUUGAAUUAGUGCCGGAAGAUCUAACAUUUAAACUUUAAACAAAAAAUUCUUAAAGUCACAAAUUUUGUAUCAUAGUUUGUUAUGUAUUAACAAACUUAUUGCAUACUUAAUUGGGCUUCGACGGUAAGUUAACGUUUUCUCAUUGAGAUUGUAGAUAUUUUAUUUCUACAUUAACAAUAUUUAUAAAGUAAUGUUAAAAUUAUUGAAAUUAAAAUUGUUCGUAGUUGUAAGAUCUUGAAAUUAGACAUUCAUGUGCAGCAAAAUAAAUUAAUUGUAUAUUAAGGUAACAAGUUU